AUGAUACUUGUCAUUGGUGCUGGGGAAUUGGGGUUCCAAAUACUGUCUGCUUUGGCUUCGCAUCCUCGCCGGCCCGCCACAAUCGCAGUUCUAUUGCGCCCUAGCAGCAUCGAUUCUUCUAGCCCACCCAAACAACAGCAGAACGCAGCGCUGCGCCAGUUAGGCAUAGAUCUCGUCCCUGGAGAUAUUGUUGAAGGUUCCGUGCAAGACUUGGCUUCGAUAUUCGCGGAGUAUGACACGGUGAUUGGAUGUGCGGGCUAUGUCACAGGCCUCGGCGUCCAACCCAAGAUCACCCGUGCCGCCCUCCUUGCUGAAUUACCACGGUUCAUCCCCUGGCAGUUUGGGGUGGACUUUGAGGUUAUUGGACGAGGAUCUCCUCAGGACCUCUUUGACGAGCAACUCGAUGUGCGCGAUAUGCUACGGCCACAGGACAAAACUCAAUGGGCAAUUGUUUCCACGGGCAUGUUCACGAGUUAUCUUUUUGAGCCCUUCUUCGGGGUAGUCGAUCUCGAAAACGGCUGUGUCAACGCACUGGGAAGCUUGGAAAAUCAAGUCACUCUUACCACUCCAAAAGAUAUUGGACGGAUCACGGCAGAAAUUGUGUUGGGAAACGAGAAUUCUUUCCGCAAUGAGCCCAUCUUCAUUGGAGGGGAUACCAUCAGUUAUGAAGAGCUUGCCCAGCUCAUCGAAAGAUUGACCGGAGUAUCCAUCACGAGAAAUGUGCUCACUAUGGAGAAGAUCCAGACUGCAUUGGCUUCAGACCCUCACAACCGACUGCUUAAAUAUCAGGCAAUCUUUGGGCAGGGCCGCGGCGUGGCCUGGGAUCUGGUGAGUACAUGGAAUCAGCAACGGGGGAUACGAGCCGAGACAGCAGAGGAAUGGGCUAGAAUGAAUUGGGCGGGUGCAAAGCUUUGA